AUGAUCGGAAAAAUUCUGAAUAUCGCGCCAAUCACUGGCAGACAGGCCACGAAACGUGAGGUGCUGAAAAGACUCAGUUCCGUUUCCUUAGUUCACUUUGCGGCACACGGAUGUGUAGAAACUGGCGAAAUUGCUCUCACACCUGACCCAGACCGAACAUCUACUGUGCCUACCGAGAAGGAGGAUUACAUUUUAACGAUUCGAGAUGUGUUAAAUGGUCAACUUCGCGCUAAACUAGUUGUACUUAGUUGCUGCCACAGCGGUCGAGGCGAGAUCAAGGCUGAAGGUGUGGUUGGCAUUGCACGCGCUUUUAUGGGGGCUGGUGCUCGGUCUGUUGUGGUGUCCCUGUGGGCGAUUGAUGACAAGGUUACUCUUGAGUUCAUGAAAUGCUUUUAUCGACACCUUGCCGAAAGUAAACCUGCAAGCGAGUCACUGAACCUGGCCAUGAGAAGCCUUAGAGAAUCAGACCAGUUCCGCGACAUCAAACACUGGGCUCCCUUUUUGCUGAUUGGAGAUGACGUUACUUUUGACUUCAUAGCAAAGGAAAGAGAAAAUUUGAAUACAAAAUCAAAUAAAUGA